UCUCAACUUUUUUUUUAUGAUAAAAAAGUUUUCAACUUGAGAAUUGAUAUCCAACAAAAAUAAACUUGAAAUUUAAUCGGAAAAAAAAUAUUUAAAGCUUUACUUAUCACUUAAAUAAAUAAAAGAAAAGAAAAAAGUUCGCACCUUGGUUUGCAGAAUCCCGAACUGAGAGUGAAGAGUGAUGAAUGGAGCGCCAAUGGAGACGAAGGGGCUCAAUGCUAACAGAGAAAGCAAGGCCAAUCCGAGCCGCAAAGAGAUAAUCGAGAAGAAGAAGGCCAUGGAUGCACUGUUAAAAGCAGCUUCUGCUGAAAAGGACCAACUUUCUGCUUUCCCUGCCUUUCGCCGUUACCAAGCAAACGGGCUAUCUGCAUUUUUGGAAUCAGGACGCGGGGACAAGCUUUCGUCUUCUGUUAAGCAUUACAUUCAAAAUCUCCUUAAGGCCAAUAUGGAGGGGCUGUAUGGAUCUGAGUGGCUGGUGGAAGAGAGGGUGAAGCGCAGGGAGAUGGUUGCACCUGAAGCACGUUAUAUAUUUGUACGUGAGGCUUCAAAUGCAGGUGCUAGUGAAAUGUUAACAAUGUCGGAGCAAGAAAGUACCUCAGCUAGUUGUGUGGAGAAGAGGGGGCCCAUGGUUGGGUUUGUACAUUUUCGAUUUGUCAUAGAGGAAGAAUUGCCUGUACUUUAUGUGUAUGAAUUGCAACUCGAGCCUCGCGUACAAGGGAAAGGUCUGGGAAAGUUCCUAAUGCAACUAAUUGAGCUAAUUGCUCGCAAGAACCACAUGGGUGCUGUCGUUCUAACUGUUCAUAAAUCAAACUCGGUAGCCAUGAAUUUCUAUUUAAGUAAGAUGAGAUACAUUAUAUCAACUAUAUCACCAUCACGAGUUGAUCCAUUGAUAUGGAUUGAGAAGAGUUAUGAAAUUCUUUGCAAAGCGUUCAGUAAUGAGGCUAAAGCUAUCUUGGAGGAACCACUUGAGGAGGUUCAUCUGGUUUAACAAGGUGGUAAACUCGACGCUCUUCACCAAAGGGCAGAAUCCAGCUAUUGAGGUACUGGAGUGGAUAAUACAGUUCCAGCAGAAUGCAUUAAUUAUAGUAAUUUAGUUGCUGCAAUAUGUUCAGGAUUAUUAAUCUUGAACUCACAGAAUCACUACCAAUCUAGCAUAACUUUUCUCUCUUCUGUACAAAACCACCUGCAAUUGCACAAUGUAGAAAGAAAUUAUUACGUUUGGUUCUUCUGAUCACAGCGUAGUAAUUGCAUCUCGUGCUCACCAAUUGAAGCUAUUUGCAAUUAGCUAAGUUUGCUGCA